GUUUCAGUCGAGCUACGUAAACUCCAAAGGGUAUGAUGUAGCAGGACGUGGCUAGCAAGGAGCUAGUGACGGCACGACGUCCGAAACACUUAAAAUCCUUAUAAGAAUCAGAUUUACUUAAUGUCGGAGAGAUAGAUUGAUUUUGCCGCUUGUGAGGCAUUAGCUAAAGAAGGAAGAGCUGAAUGGAAACAUUUGAGACAUUUUGCGCGUGAGGAGGUUGUACGUUGUGUACCAUGGGGUACGACGUUACAAGGUUCCAGGGUGAGGUGGAUGAAGACCUCCUUUGUCCCAUUUGUAGUGGAGUUCUAGAGGAACCGGUGCAGGCUCCACACUGUGAACAUGCCUUCUGCAAUGCCUGCAUAACCCAGUGGUUUGCCCAGCAACAAAUUUGUCCUGUUGACCGCACAGUAGUGACGCUAGCUCACCUCCGGCCCGUGCCCCGAAUCAUGCGCAACAUGCUGUCCAAACUACAAAUCAACUGUGACAAUGCCAGCUUUGGCUGCACAGCUACGCUCCGGUUGGACCAGCUACAGUCUCACCUGAAAGACUGUGAGCACAACCCAAAAAGGCCAGUAAAUUGCGAGGAGGGAUGUGGGCUUGAAAUGCCCAAAGAUGAGCUGCCAAACCAUAACUGUAUCAAACACUUGCGGAGCGUCGUCCAGCAGCAGCAGACCAAGAUCUCAGAGCUGGAGAAAACUGUGGUGGAACACAAACACCAGUUGGGGGAACAAAAACGAGACAUUCAGCUGCUAAAAGCCUACAUGAGAGCAAUCCGCAGUGCAAACCCUAACCUGCAGAACCUUGAAGAGAGCAUAGAGUACAACGAGAUCCUGGAGUGGGUGAACUCCAUGCAGCCAGCCAGAGUGACCCGCUGGGGCGGCAUGAUCUCCACGCCCGACGCCGUGCUGCAGGCUGUCAUCAAGCGCUCUCUAAUCGACAGCGGCUGCCCCCUCUCGAUCGUGAACGACCUAAUUGAGAACGCCCACGAGCGGAACUGGCCGCAGGGACUGGCCACUCUAGAGACGCGGCAGAUGAACAGGCGCUACUAUGAGAACUACGUUGCCAAGCGCAUUCCUGGCAAGCAGGCAGUGGUGGUGAUGGCCUGCGAGAAUCAGCAUAUGGGGGAGGAUAUGAUCCUGGAGCCCGGCCUGGUUAUGAUCUUUGCGCACGGUGUGGAGGAGAUCUUAUAACGCUGCAGCUCGCUGCACACAUCCAGAGACAUGGGGACCGUUGGCUUUCACUCAGUGGAGUGAUAGAGGGUUGUUUUUUUUUCUUUUUUUAAACCCUCUUUAAAGUGAAAGCUACAAAAAUCUGGCUUAUUUAAAACUAAAUCUUAGGCUCACUCCUAAGCUUGAUACUUAUGCCUUAAAGUAAGGACAAAUACUCUAUGAACCAGGCAAAUAUAAACAUAAUCUAAUGUCUAAGAUGAAAGUUGAGAUAUGUUUACAAGAUUUAUAUUUAGUGCAUUAUGAUCUGAUUGUUCUGCUACUAAUAUAGUAACAAGCCUAAACCAUUAAUUCCCUUGCUUGUACAUAUGCUUGUAAAUAAAAAUACUAUAUAUUGAAUUCUAACUGUAAUACUCCUUAUUGUAAUUAGUUUGUGAUUUGUUUAUUGGUUCUGUUUGAGCCUGUGUUACUGUCUGGGGGGGAAGUCCCCUCUAAAGAUAUAUGUGCGCUUGCUUUAUCAUUUAAUUUCCUGUGAAUAUUUCACAAAACGUUGUGCUUUCUAGUUUAGAUUAAGACCUUCUGUGCCAUUUGUUUUAUUUAUUGUGUUGCCUUUUUUUUUUUUGCGAACUUGAUUGAAGAUGUUACCAUUUAGUAUAUGGGAAAUUGCCUUUGGUAAAUUUGAAGUUUGUUGCUGGAAGUUAAAAAAAAAAAAAAUUUUUUUUUUUUUUUUUGUUCUGUUCUGUUGUAUGUCGGGUCCAGUUGAGGUGUUUAAUUUGCAGUUUAUUUGUAACGUCACUCAGUGCUAUUAUUUGGAAAAUUAAUAUAGUUCACUUGAUACAUAAGGUGAUUUAUUUUCAGAUUAAAAUGUAGAAAUUGAGGUUUUUACAGUCUGUGACAUCUUUAAGUGACACACCACAAAAAAAAAACAGUUUGGAGAUUGUAUAAAUGUAUGUGGAGUCUUUUAAUACUUUUGGAAGUAAAGAAGAUGCUUUGCCUUUUGUCACUGUUGUAAGAGGAACAAACUUUGAUGAUGGUAUAAAAGCUCUUACAGGCAGACUGUACCCUUUUCUUUCUUAAUGUUUUUAUUUUGUCUGUAAUGUACUGUGUUGUACAGACAGGUAAUAAAACUUUAAACCU